AUGGAACACAGUAAUGACACCAAAGUGACUGAAUUUAUCCUCCUGGGAUUUGCUGGUCAACACGAGUUUUGGCACAUCCUUUUUGUGGUAUUCCUAGUGAUUUACACAGUCACCUUAGUGGGCAACGUCGGCAUGAUCCUGCUCAUCAAACUUCAUUCUUCCCUGCACACUCCCAUGUACUUUUUCCUGCAGCACUUGGCUUUUGUUGACCUCUGUUACUCCUCGGCCAUCACUCCCAAGACAUUGCAGAAUUUCGUGAGCACAAAACCAUCCAUCUCCUUCACUGGAUGUGCAAUGCAGUUAUAUGUCUAUGGUACGUUCAUAACCAGUGACUGCUUCAUCCUAGCUGCUAUGGCUGUGGACCGCUAUGUGGCCAUCUGCUACCCACUGCGCUAUCCUGUCAUCAUGUCCCAGAGACUCUGCAUUUUACUGCUUCUUGGUUCAUACACUAUGGGCUUCCUAAAUGCCUCUGUAAAUACAAGUUUUACUUUCUUAACAAAAUUUUGCAAAUCCAAUGUCAUUAAUCACUUUUUCUGUGAUGUACCGCCAAUUCUUGCCCUAUCUUGCUCCAGUAUUGACAUUAAUAUUGUGCUGUUGACAGUUUUUGUGGGUUUUAACUUAGCCUUCUCUGUGUCUGUUGUCAUCUUUUCCUACACAUACAUUUUGGCUGCCAUCCUAAGGAUGUCUUCUGCUGCAGGAAGGAAAAAGGCCUUCUCCACAUGUGCCUCCCAUAUGACCACAGUCACCAUAUUCUAUGGAACCGUCUGCUAUAUGUAUGUUCUUCAUGGGACCAACAGAUCUCAAGAGCAGGAGAAGGUGGCUUCUGUGUUCUAUGGUAUUAUGAUUCCCAUGUUAAACCCUCUCAUCUACAGCCUAAGAAACCAGGAUGUAAUAGAAGCCCUGAGGCACCUAGGAAACAAAUGUUUCUGUUUCUAG